AUGGCUUGGGCAGAUCUGACACAAAGCGCAUCCUGCAGCAUGGGGCAGAAGGAUCAUCCGGCAGCGCCAGGUCUGGAUUCCGAGGUUCUCCUCCAAGAGGACACUACUUGCUUGAUGUUGUCGCGCUUGUCUCCAAAGGUGACGGUCUCAAAGUUGCUGAGCACCUUGGCGGAGGCCGCUCCCGCCCAGUAUGACUUUGUCUACCUGCCGCAAGACCGACGAAAGCAACGCAACGUGGGCCUGGCUUUUCUGAACUUCCAGGAGCAUGCCGCUGCUGUUUCUGCCUACCAGUUCUUUCGCUUGAAAAGCUUGGAGCCCGGGAUUUGGGCCAGCUCGGUCGUCGGGCGGGCAAUCAUGCAGGGACUGCCAUGCAACUUGGCUUACUUUCUAAGCCGGUCGGGCUUGGAAGCUGUGGACAAUGAGCAUGCUCCACUUGUGUUCCAGAACGGAAUCCGGCAGAACCUUCGGGAAGCAGUCAACAAGCACGUGACGCUCUCAAUGGUCCUGGAAGCCGGGCAAUCGGUGAAGGUGGAGCAGGUCUCGCGGCGUCCUGGCGUGGCAGGAGCCAAGACUUCCAAGAGCAUCAACACGGUGCCGAGAUCUUCCACGGACUCUUCGACCUGUUCAGGCACCAGCUCCAACAGAGCGCCGAGGGCCUUUACAGAUUUCGCAGAGCUCUCAACUUCAUCGCCCAGCUCAGGUGCAAAGCAGUGGGACGUAGCGCCAGUGCAACCAAAGGUGAUGACGUGGGCAGGACCCGAGACUGAAGUGGCCAGCUGUAUCCUGGCAGGCCCGCCAGGUCUCGAGGGACCACCCGGUUUGGAUCAAUGGCAGCAGCGAGGAGCUGCACCAAUACAGCAAGCACUCCCAUCCAUGUCUCCUCCGAUGCAGCAGCGACGAACUUCGGAAGGCUCCCUUCCCGGAGCUUUCCAGGAGUUCAAGGUGCUGAAGACCGGCUACGUACUGUCGGAGGAAGAGCAGCUCUUACAGCUCAUCCGCCGACAAGAAACCAUCGUAUUCCAUGUCUAG